ACAUUAAUUGAACGUUUAUAUUAUUCAUUUAUUGUUAAUUAUAAUGUAUAAUAGUUAAAUUUGAGGGCAACCUUGGAAUAUUAAAAGUGCAUGAGGGUAUAUGGGUAAAAUGCCAUCAAGGAUUUAUGCCAUAUUCCAAAUCCUACAUCAACAUGUGGGAUUUAUAAGUCCGUGGGGUCCACGGAUUUGGACCCUUAAAAUCCGUGGGCCCCACGGAUUUUGUCUCCAAAAAAGAUGCAAGCAAACAACGGAUUGUACCUAAAUCCUUGAUAGUUGGUUUUUUGGUACCAAAUCCAUGUACCAAAUCCUUGAAGCAAACGACCCCUUAAUUAAUUACCAUUUUAUUACACUCUUCUCGGGAGUAAACUAUUAAUAAUUAGUAGUGUAGACACCACAUUUUGUUCAGGUUAAGAUAUCUUCAUUUCACGUUUUGAUUUUGACCCUAAGAUUGAAACUAGACAAAAUAAUGUUCGAUCGACAACAAGUAAGAUCGAUGGCAACUACGAGAAAUACGCAAGUGGCCCUAGGGGUGGCAGUAGGUCGGUUUCGGUUUAACCGAAAACCAAAAACUCAGUUAUCGAUUAAACCAAGUCAUCCCCUAACGUUGCCGACCACCGACCGUGAGGGAGGUCACGGUUAGCCGGCCAACCGACCAGUCGGUUUCGGUUUUAGGAUCGGUUAGCCGGCCAACCGAAAAAACCUUCCUUUUCUAAAAAAAGAAAAACUAAAAAUUAAUUAAAAAAAUCUCCACCACUCAAUUCUGUCAAUCCUUAUCUCUCCUUCCUCCACCAACCCAUCAGAUCACUCCCCUUCUCUCUCCCCCCAAUCAAUUUCGUUCCCCUUCUUCUCUCCCAAAAAUCUCUCCCAAUCAAUUCCCCUUCUCUCUCCCAAAAAUCAAUUUUGUUCCCCUUCUUCUCUCUCAAAAAUCUCUCCCAAAAUUAAUUCCCCUUCAGCCUUUCUUCUCUCGUUCUUCUUUCUUCCUAAAAUCUCUCCCAAAAUCAAUUCCCCUUCAGCCUUCUUCUCUUUCCCAAAAAAUCUUCCCAACUUUUCUUCUUCCCCUCCUCUCACCAAUCUGCAUCUCUCCUUCUCUCAUGACCUCGAUUGAUUCGCUGGCGGCGGGGAUGGUGGCCGGCGCGAUCGAGCAGUGGGAAUCGGGGAGCGGAGGCGGCGGCCGGACGCGGUGGCGGCGACGUUGGGCAGCGAGGAAAGCCGGAGGUUUCUGUGUGGUGGGGUGGUGGAUUAGGCGGCAGAGCGGAGACCGGUUAAUUUCGGAUAGUCGGUUAACCGCGGUUAAUCACCGUCGGUUAGUCGGCUAGCCGAAAACUCCCUCUAACUCUCCGACCACUGACCGACCUUAAUAACCAUCGGUUUUCGGUUAGCUAUUAACCGACGAUUUUCAGUUAAAACGGGCGGUUAGCCGCUAACCGGAGACUGAAUUGCCACUCCUAAGUGGUGGGGUGGUGGAUUAGGCGGCGGAGCGGAGACCGGUUAAUUUCGGAUAGCCGGUUAACCGUGGUUAAUAACCGUCGGUUAGUCGGCUAGCCGAAAACUCCCUCUGACUCUCCGACUACUAACCGACCUUAAUAACCGUCGGUUUUCGGUUAGCUAUUAACCGAUGGUUUUCGGUUAAAACGGGCGGUUCGCCGCGAACCGGAGAUCGAAUUGCCACUCCUAAGUGGCCCCUAAUUUCGAUGGACGGUUUUGACCGUUAGUACACCGAAUGGAAUUUGGUGUUCAUAAAUUGUUAAUUCUAACAAUAAUUAAAAAAAUUUGAAUCAUUAGUUUAACCGAAUCAUAUUUCAUAUAUAUGGGGUUAUGUCUUCAUUGCACUCACUUUUCAGGGUGCAUUAAAUACACUCGUCUCAUAAUUGUCCUUCCAAACAUGCGAUUCAUGCCAAAACGGUAUUCAUCGUCAGUUGUGAUAUGAUGAACAAGAAACACAUUAAUUUGCAAAAAAAUCAUUCAAGAUUUACUUUAAUUUAAAGGAUUAAGGGUGUAAGGAUUUAGGAUUAGGAUUAGGGUUUGUAAUUUGGGAUUUUGAGCUUGGAUUCAAAAUUGCAGGUUUAGGGAUUAGGGUAAUGAAUUGAUUAGUUAUGAUCAUAUGUUAUAUUAUCAUAUCAUACUAAUGCUACCAAUUAAUUUCAAAAUUUGAUUUCUUAAGAUUGCUUUUAGAGUUGGGUGCACUGAAGUAGCCACCAUAUAUAUAGUUCAUGCUAGCGUACGCUCAUUGAAUUUUGUUAUUUAGAUCAUGAAUUAACCGGAGUUUGAUGCAUGAUACUAUACCCUAACAUGUAAUGGGUGAACUCCAGUCCCUAAUUUUCUAAUGCAAACCUUGAGAUUCAUUUAAUUUUAAAAUGAAAAUCAAAUAUAAUUCCGACGAAUCAGAAUUGUUGAUUUUUAUUUAAUGAUUAAAUAAAAUAUGCUUUGAGUUAGUGAAUUGAGGACUGGGGUUCACCCAUUAAGGAUUAAGGUAAAGUAUCAUGCCUCAACCUCCUGCUAAUUCAAUAUCUAAAUAGCCAAACGCGACAAACAUACAGUAAAUUAAUCAUACGCCC